UGCCCUUCGAUCAAGCAAGUGCCUCAUAAUGCAUAGUGCGAAUAUUGCUAUCCUGAGCAGUGCUGGGAAAGUUUGGGCUCUUAAAACAGCAUAACAAAAUAGAACUGGACAAAGUUUUACUGUACUUUUCAUUUUUUGCCCUCAAUGGUGGCGCUCAGGCCCUCAAAUGUAUUCUUUUUAUUUACAACAUUUUUACCCUGCCUUUCUCACCCGAAGGGAUUUUUGGAAUACAGUUGUUUAGAAUUUUCCAAUUUGCAACAGAACUCAAAUGUUAAAUGGGUCAGGAAACCCCAUUUAACAAGUUAGGGAAACUUUACAGUCAUGUUCAGGCCUUUUGGCUUCUCUUGUAUUUUAUGGAAACAAAUUCCCAUUCCCUGUUCUUUCCCCUCCCCUCCAAGUUAUGGUUAAACCAUGUUACUUGCUGUUUGAAGCCUUAAUUGCUUGCAAGAUGGGUAAUGGCACAAUUAGCUUAGAUGUGUUUACCUCCCCAUCCCACUUUUUAACUUACUAAACAAAGCAAUUCAGUCAGUACUAUAUAGUACUAUGUAAAAAUUUGGGGGGAAAAAGUCUUCUUUUGGACCCCCCCCCCCCCGCCCCCAUUUUUCUUUUUUAAAGUAAAAAAUGAACUUUUAGUUUCGAGGGGCAAACUUGAUUUGGGCCAUUGGUACUCAGAGCUCUUUUAAGCACAUCCUAAAUGUUUCCACCAUGAGCUUCAGCAUGUUCUUGUUUGAUAGAGUGUUCCAUUGUUUCCUUUCAUGUGUCAAAAUGCUUCAGAAACCAUAUCUAGCUUAUGUUUAGAGAAAUGCUUCCUCCUCAAAAUUACUAUGAAAUUGAGCCAAGGAGCUAGCUGAAGGGAUGUCUUUUGCUUUGCUAGCAUAUUUCUUAUACAGUCCCUUAGUUUGAAAGUACAGGGCUUAAGUCUAGGAUAGGAACUUUACAGCACUGCUCAAUGCUGAUGUAUUGAUACUUUUACCUUGUGUGAAAUAUGUGGAUUUACCUGUGGGUUAGGGAAAAAUGAUCCUUAGAUACAAAAUGCUUCAGGAACAAAGCAUCCUAUGCAGUUUGCAUGUCAAAGUUGAUUCAGUCAAAAAAGAGCAAUGAUUAUAAAAUCUUUAUAAAACUAUUAAGAACUAAAAUCCACACAUUUCACUGUAGGUUUUAUUUCAUAUUGAAACCAUUUUCAAGAAUUUGCAGGACAUGAUAAGGAGAAUUACUUGUCUGUUAUUCCUGGGCCUCAGUUGUCUGAUGGUCAAUCCACUUCCUUACAAAAUCUGAACAAAGCAUAGUUCACGCUAAAGGAAUCAGGAGAAAAUUAGCUGUAUGAGCAAGAACUUGAAUUAUAUUACUUGAGUAUAAUAUACUUUAGACUUCAGAAUAAUAUUAAUUAAAUACCUCUUUUUCAGUUUACAUAAAGUUUAAAACCCUUCCCUGUAAAGAAUUCAUUCAGAUUGCCCCAGUUUACAUGUGAUUACAUUAUUUCUGAAUAUUAAUAUCUUCUUUAAUAUUUUCAUAAUCAUCCUUGGCCUUAGAAAUAUGUCUUAAAAUGGAAAAACCUUCUAGUGUUUUGGAGGAUACAUUGUUGGCAUUAAGUCUAGACAUGUAAAAUCCAGCUCAGAUAUUUUCUGCAGAAACCGACCAUGUUGACCUAAAGGCUGACUCAAACAUGGCAGCUCCUGUAUGCAGCAAAUCAUAACCAGUAAAGCAAUAGCUCUUCUUGUUUUUCAGUCAGUUUUGGGGGAAUCUUCCAAGCUAAAGGAGUUGCUUAUGGGUGAAAUCUCCAUCAGCCACAUUGCCAGGCAUCUGAGAGGGCAAGGUGACCUUGAGUGAUGCAGAGCUGUGAGAGCCCACUCCUUUAUAUCCUAAAACCAAAUAUUUUCAUUGUUUUUCAUACACCUCUGGCCUCUUAUUAUUUUUUAUUAUCCUUUCAGAAAAAGAAGUCAAGUGUGUUGUAUUUGACAAUCUUUUUAAAAAUCUGAAUGCAUUUAUUUCAUGAAGCACUGAGGUGGUGCUCUGUGUUUUGGCUCCAUGGAAGCUGCCCUCCCAGUUAAGCUCUCUGACGUAUGUCUCUCUCCUGGUGCCAGUGAGUAGAUUAAGAGGUGAGGGCUGGGGAAAAUAGUUUCCUUAUUUAAGGCUUAACUUCAUUUGUUCAUCACUUCCCUGGCCACAGGGUGACACAGUAUCUGGCUGCAAAUCAGAUCGCCCCAGGUUUUUCUCUCAGAGCUUUGAUCUGAGGUUCCGAGACAUAUAAACAGAUUAUAUAAAGAUGUGUUGCAGUUAACUUCAGGUUUUUGGAGGAAUGGGAUUGGCUGGUCUCAGCUACGAGGGCCCAAAGGAACAGACUGCGAGUUCUGCUGCGACUAUUUGUUUCCCAUUUACAAAGUUGUUUAAACUGUUUUAAAACUGAAGCUUGGUAACUGUCUUUCAAGAGCACAUUUGAUUAUUUUGACACAGAAGUGGGUGUUUCAUAUUCAUGAGUCAAACCCUGGAGGAAUUCCUUCAUAAUCCCAACCAACUAGCAACCCUGAAUGUUCAGAUCAUCCUCCAUUUCUCUCUGGAUCUCUUUGCUUUGUAGAGGUGGCUUAGAGAAAAGAGAAGCAGAGCUGUGCAAACAAAGCAGGUACCUAAAAUCUUUCUGGCUUUUCUUGAGGUCUAGCUCUUCACAAAGCAAUACAGACAACAGUGAAAUAUAUGGGCACAUCAAAUCUAAUAUAUAUAGAGGAAUAGAGCCAUUGGGAAGGAUCUUAGCAAGGGUGAGGACAGGGCAACCCUCCAGUUGUGAUGGAAUGGUAUCCCUCAGCUUUCCUGGCUCCUGGCCUGUGCAGGCCACAGUGACUGAGAAUUGUCAUUGCACAGCACCAGGAGGGCUGUGCAGUUCCUUCCCCUGUUACAGAGCAACCAUUGUGCUCCUGUGGGUUCUGCGGUUUCACUCCAAGCAUGACAUUAGUUCAGAUAGAGUGCAUUUUAGUUUUCAUUUUUGACAUAGAGUCUGAGUUGAUAGCAAGAUUUUUUGUCCUGUUUGGUUGGCAUGUCUUCGUAAAGCUCCCUAAAGUAUUCUGACAAAAAAUAACAGCCUGUAGGGGGUAAGUUAGCAACAGUGGAAUCAUAGUCUUUUGUUAUUGUUGUUGUUACUUUUUUGCCAUUCUUAAUAGCAGUGGAUUGGCAUGUCUAUUGUGGGUUAUUUUUAUGAGGGCUGGAAUUUGUUCCUUUUCUUUGGAUGUCAAUGUAAAAUUUCAGGCACAGAGUACACUUUUGCCUAUCCAAAGUUAGAAGGGGAUUCUGGUAACUUUUCCAGAGUGAAUACCUUGAUAACUUAGUCUCACAGUGGCAUGCAGAGGGAGGUGUGGAAUAAUUCAAUGUUUAUAGGUUGUUUGAGGGAAUGUUUCCUUACCCACAUGAACGGAGUUUGACUUUACUCAUUGACUUCAUGCAUUGAAGUAGAAAUAUUUUCUGCCACUAAAUUCAGUGGAAGUAAACCCGCAGUGUGCCAGAGCCUGAUGUCUAUUGUCCAGUUACAACCAUUUCUGUUCCCCUUUUUUGGCUAGCAGAGGUGCUUUAAAAUUCUCAGUAAACUCCCAUACCAAGCACAGAUACAAUGUGGGAUCUGUUCUUUUCAGCACAUUUGUUACCUUUUGAAAGACCAGCCAAGAAACUAACUUUGUGUGCCUGCUUUGGGGUUUGUGGUCACAAAGGGAAUAAGGGUGAGGGCCUUGCAUUCAGGCUUGCUGGUUGGUUGUUCUGGUGGUCAGUUUUGGAUGUCAGGCCUCCUGGCUUGAACUGGUGAACAUGAACCACUCAGCAAAAAUUCCAGGUAAGAAAUAACCACUUGUGCAUCUGAGAACAUGAGUAUUAUAAUAAUUUUUCUAACUGUCAGUGGAGACUGAAUUUUGUCUUUAUUCUGUUAAUUGUUUUGGCAUGAGAAUGUAAGGGGUUUUUAAAAAAUUGUUUGGGGGUUAAUGUUAAGUAACCAAGCUACUUUGAACCUUUAAAGUAAGUUGGAUUGCUUGAUGAUAUUUGCUGGGAUGCUAGUUGUUUUCUCUAUUAAUACACUUAACUUGCAUUCUAGCUCCGCCAUUCAGAGACAGGCAUCGUGUGGUGGGUUGUGUGACAGUGUCUGUCAAUAGUGAAGACAAAUAGUACCAGAGACACUUAACCCAUCCAAUCUCACCCAGGGUGUAGGUCGGUCUUGUUUUCAGACUUUUUCAUAAGUCUAUUUCCUUUCUUUGUUUUUGUUUUGUUGAUAAAUAAAUAGUGGAUUGACUGAAGUUAAACUCUAAUAAAGUUUUUGACUUGACAUCAUUAAGUAAAGCUGAAGAAAAGUAGAAAGCUCACAAUUGAGAUAGAAGGUGUCAGAAGCAGGUUUGCAGCCACUUUGUACGUCUUGAUCCAUACUUCUGCCUUUGACUCCACAAAGGUUCACUUCCUCCUGACAGUACACUCCGGAACGAUGCCUCUGUGCUCAGUAGUCCUUGAUAAUAAACCUACAGAAAGACUUGGGCUGUACUGGAAGCUGAGAGCAAAAUGGGCCAGGCUCAGACGUGUGUUGUUGCAGAACAAGUGGCAGACAGCAUGGCAAGUGUGCUAGGCUCUGGGAAGCAGCGAUUUCUGCCUUCAGCCAUAGUAUACGUAAAGUGGACAAGACAUUUGGGAAAACUUGACCUGUGAUCUCUUAGCUCUCCCCUGGGAGAUCGGGGGCCUUCUCUGCUGCUCUGUUACUUUCUGAUUAUUAGUCAGAUGCUUUGUUCCCAUAUGAAAAACCCUUUGGCCCUUAAAGGGUUCCACCAAGAGACUUCCAGAAAUACCUAUGGGCCUCCUAGAGAAAGAUGCCUUCAUUUAAGCUCUGCCUAAAGAUAGCAAAUCCCUUUGUGGCUGGCACUGAGCUGAUGAAGGACAAAGAGUUUUAAAGCGCUUAAGAUCUUUCACCCUUUCCUGGUUCUAGAAAGUUAGCACUGAGCUACUCACUCAAGCUGCAGCUCCUCGCCUCUUGGUUCUUCUGCAGAGGAGAGGCUUUUAAAAGCUCUGCUUCACUGCCAUAAAAAUGAAAUGAGCCGAUGUUAAAGGCUGCUAGUGGCCGGGAGGCAGUGAGUGUGUGCACACAUGAGCAAGGGUCAUCGCCAGCUGAGAUAAACCCAAACUGUGUCAGAGAUCGGGGUUGGCCUUUGCCUAGCUGUUGUCUUCACUGAAACAGAACUGAAGGAGACAAAUGCUUUGGACAGUGCCAGUGUCCUGUGUGUUCCUGAACUCCGUACUUUAUUUCAAUUUGGAAUCCUGGUGAUGUGGGAGCCCAAAAGACUUCUAGCUUCCAGUGUGUUCUCUCAUUGGAAUGAGUUGACUUUUGUACAGUGUAUUGUGGUUCUUAUCACCAUGCCCCUGAAGACUGUUAUAAAACAUACCUGGCAUGUGAUUGUAAUUCUGAAAUGGCUUUUAAGAUGUAACUGAUUCUUGUCAGUCUGUAUUCUUGUAUUUAAAAAAAUACAGUAAAAACCAUACAUCCCUCCCCCAGCCUUGAGUUUGUGCUUAUUGGGCCGUGUCUCUUGAGUUCUAGAGAAUAAUUUCUGUCCUUGGAAGAAUUAAGGAGAUGCUUAAAGCGGGAGCUUUGUAGCUUAAGGUUCUGAGUGGGAUGUGCAUCCUUUUGGUGACCACCUUCUUAGCUUGAGCCCAUUUUCUCUCAUUUGGGGCAGGGCUUCUCUUCUGUGGCUGGCAGUUUGGCCUGUCCUGAGCAGAUGACAGUUGGUGAAGCACUUUUAUUCAUUAGUUUCUUCAAGACAGCUUCCAUUCAAUAAUUUCCCAUUCCGUUUGAAGCACUAAAGCUCACAUUGCUUCAAACUAUGUUUAUAGUGUGUGAAAAGUCAGUGUUUAGUGCAGUAAGGCAUUGAACAUUUGCUGCCUCUUAUUCCCCUUCAGAAGUAGGAAGUCUUCCUCCAGACUUCAACCUCUGCAACAGGAGGCCGGCCCCAGCUUACAUACAGUUAAUCUCCCUGUUUGGUCAUAGAAUUGGUUCUUCUUAACAGGCAUGACUAAAAUCACUUAUGCUUUUUAAGCUUUGGAAAGCUUAAAGGCAUUGUUUAACUUGCCCUGCUCUCCCUCCCUUGCAACUUGCAUGGCUCAAGCACAGGGCUGGCAAGAGAAAAGCAGGGAACCGGUGGCCUCCAGGAAAGCAUAUUCCCUUCUAAUGAUCUGUAAAGCAGUAUGGAUUGGAAGGAACCUCCUUUGGGAGAGGUUGUCAUUAGCAACAUGUGCUUCCACUAUUGGACUUUAUGAUAAUAUAUAGAAAUCAUUGGUUUUCUUUUCACCUGAAAGUAUAAAAACGUCCCAGCUUGGGCUAGAAUGGAAACACUAAAUUUUUCCAUUUUAGAGAGGCACUGAUGUUUUAUUUCCAGACCUGGCCUUUUUAAAUCCACAUUCUGCACUGAACAAAACACAAACAUAUUGCAUCCCUUCCUUUCUUUGCCUGUCCUUGGUGUGAUCAUCUUUCCCUUGAGCAGAAAUCCAAAGAUGGUCCCCUUCUGCAUGAAGUUUCCUUUGGGGAGGGUUUAUUGGGGUCAUGGGAGGAGAGGGCAGCCGCCUUCCUACCUGCAUGCCUUUCCACGGCAUAUGCCAAGCACUGAAUGUAUGGGAGCUGCAUACUUGCAUUUUCAGGUGUUUGAAAACUCAAUAGAAACCAGCACUGUUUUAACAAAACUCAGGUUCGACACACAUCCGAUAGCAAUGUGUUCUAAUUCAAAGUGGCUGCAAAUCAGCAACUCUAGUUAUUGAAAUAAACAAAUUUUACUUUCUAAGGAAAGCAUUGCAUUUAAUGCAUGAUACAAAGAAUUUGAAAAAAUGUUUUUUUUUAUAAUUAAGAUGCAAUUCUGAGUGACUGAAUCUUCCGAUUUCAGACACUAAUUUUGCCAAGAAGCAAGCUGAAAAAAUGAAACUGGUAUCAGUCAAUGGCUCCAGAAGGAAGUGGGUUGAUCCAAAGGAGGGGCACAUGAUAAUUUUUUUCUUCUGAGACACCAAAUACAAGAUCUGUCAGUUUUUCUCUUAGUCCAUAUUUAUUGCACUUCUUAAUGCAAUGCCAACAUUUUCAGUUAAAAUGUGGGUAUUUUGUAGAUUAAGAUAAGCAUAUGUUCAGUACAAUUCAGGCAAAACAAAAUGCCCCCAGGGAUCUGAAAUGAUUGAAACAAUUGCAUUCCUACACAGGGCUGAUUCUACUUCAUUUCUGUCCAUCAAGCCUUCACCUUUGUAUUGUUAACUUAAGAGAUAACCUCUCCUUUACUCUGUCUGUUUAGGGAGCUACUUGUUCUCUUAUGAUGUGGAACUGUUGGCUGCCUUGGUUUAAGCUGUACUAGUCUUAUGAGGCCUGAUUCCGAGGCACAAAACUCAGCAUAUUUCCUUUGACCUCUGGAGAGUGCUUUGGAGGCUUCCUGAGUCAUUCAUCAUGUUAUAUUGAAGAACUCUUCCUGACUGCUCUCCUGACUAUUAUAGUCUCUAAGAGAUCUCUAAAUAUUAGAUGGCCUGCUGUCCUUUCUGGCAGAAUUAUUUUGCCAUUGGGAUUCAGCGCUUCAGUCCAGUUGAGAAACAGGGCUCUGACUCUGUCGCCAACUCCUCUGGAGUCUCAAAAGUCUUCCCUUUCUAGGGUCUCUCCCUAAUCCACUUUAAGGAGGGAUGACUAGUUCUGCCUCUGCAGUCUUCUUGCCUUUCUUAGUAUGCUGUGACUUAGCUUAUUUACUUUUGAAAAGCCACAGAUGUCGAUUGAUACCAGUUCCAUUUUGUUGCCAUUUAUUUUUUAUAUUUCAUUUCUCAUUUUACAAUGGAUAUCUGGAAUAAUAAAGCAGCUCUCUUCUCAUUUAUUUUCUCGUAUUUUUAUUCCAGGAUUUGCCUCUGAAGCAGGGAGUGUCUGCAUUAAAAAUGACCUGUAGUUCUCUGCUUCAUAGAUGCUUCUUCAGCUCCCUCCUCUUCCUCCAUGGGCGGUGCUUGCAGCUCCUUUGCCACCACCUCUUCCAGCCCCACCAUUUACUCUACCUCAGUCACUGACAGCAAAGCUAUGCAAGUGGAGAGCUGCUCCUCAGCCAUGGGGGUAAGUAACCGAGGGGUAAGUGACCAGCCGUUAACCCAUAACGCAGCCCAGCCGCCGCAGCCACAAGCUCAGCCCACCCCGAAGCGGCACACAGUCCUGUGCAUCUCACCACCGCCAGAGGACCUGCUGGAUACCAGCCGGAUGUCCUGCCAGGAAGAAGGUUGCGGCCUAGAGUCCGAGCACAGCUGCAGCAUAUGGGUGGAGGACUCCCCCUCCAACUUCAGUAAUAUGAGCACCAGCUCCUACAACGAUAACACCGAGGUGCCGCGCAAAUCGCGGAAGCGCAACCCCAAACAAAGGCCGGGCAUCAAGCGGCGGGAUUGCGAGGAGUCGACCAUGGACAUCUUUGACGCCGACAGCGCCAAGGCGCCCCAUUAUGUCCUUUCGCAGCUCAGCACCGACAGCAAGAGCAACGUGAAAGCGGGAAAUGGGACACCUGAAACCCCCAAAACCGCAAGUGGGAAGAAGAGUCCGAUGCUGUGUGGCCAGUAUCCCAGCAAACAGGAAGGCAAGGAGCUGAAGAUCGUGGUGCAGCCGGAGACGCAGCACAGGGCGCGCUACCUGACAGAAGGCAGCCGGGGCUCUGUGAAGGAUCGGACGCAGCAGGGCUUCCCCACCGUCAAGCUGGAAGGCCACAAUGAGCCUGUGACGCUCCAGGUGUUUGUGGGGAACGACUCUGGCCGGGUGAAGCCGCACGGGUUCUAUCAGGCCUGCAGGGUUACUGGGCGGAACACCACGCCCUGUAAAGAGGUGGACAUCGAGGGCACCACUGUCAUCGAGGUGGGCCUGGACCCGGGCAACAACAUGACCCUGGCGGUAGACUGUGUGGGAAUCCUGAAGCUGAGGAAUGCGGAUGUUGAAGCCCGCAUAGGCAUUGCUGGGUCCAAGAAGAAAAGCACUCGAGCCCGGCUGGUCUUCCGCGUGAACGUCCCUCGGAAAGAUGGCUCCACACUCACCCUACAGACGCCCUCCUCGCCAAUUCUGUGCACUCAGCCAGCGGGGAUACCAGAGAUCCUAAAGAAGAGCCUGCACAGCUGUUCCGUGAAGGGAGAAGAGGAAGUCUUUCUGAUUGGCAAGAACUUCUUGAAGGGAACCAAAGUCAUCUUCCAAGAGAACACAUCUGAUGACAGCUCUUGGAAAGCAGAAGCGGAAAUCGACAUGGAACUAUUUCAUCAGAACCAUCUGAUUGUGAAAGCACCCCCAUAUCAUGACCAGAAGAUAACAUCUCCUGUCUCUGUGGGGAUCUACGUGGUGACCAACGCUGGACGAUCCCAUGACAUACAGCCAUUCACUUACACUCCGGACACAUCCAGUACUCUGAAUGUGAACGUGAAACAGGAAAUAUCUAGCCCGACCCAGCCUUGCUCUUUUGAUGAUGCAAUCAAAGUGAAUCCCGGGGGCUGCAAUCGGGACAAGGUCAGUCUCCUCCCAAGUGCCUUGAUAACUCCACUCAGGCCCAGCAACAAUGUCAAGAACGAAGAGGCUGCUCCCAUGGAGCUUACACCUGAAAAAAGAUCUCCUCCUGUCUUUAAGGCGGCCAGUGCAGCUGGUCCCUCCCAAACACCGCUAGAGGCCAGCAUGUCCAGCAUCCUGGGGAAUGGCUCAUUCCCCUCUUCGGCACCUCACUUGGCUCCCGAAAGUGAAAAACAGCCCCUGCCGCCUAAGGGCUACCCUCCAGAGGUUCUGCCCACCCUCCACGCGCAGGACAUAGCCCCUCCGGGUGGCUUCACAGAUUCUGCUAGCAGCCAGCUGCAGAGCAGCGACUCCCUGUUGCAGCAGGCAGCCUCCAGCUUUCCCCCAAGAGACGGCCAAGGGACCCGGGAGGUGCUCCAGUCGGACGGGACAGUGGUGACCCUGACCCAGCUGACAGAUGCCCCCCAGCAGCAGCAGCAGCAGCAGUCCUCGCUCCAAGACUCGGGCCAAGCGCUGCAGCAGCAGAUCUCCUCCAGUCUCUUCUCCUCAGCUGGCGGAGUGAGCCAGCUGCAGAGCACCAUCCAGCAGCUGCAGGCUGGGGCCUUUCCGUCCAGUGGUGCCAGCAGCAACAGCAGGAACGUCGACCUCGUCCAGCAGGUCCUGGAGGCCCAGCAGCAACUGUCGUCUGUCUUGUUUUCGGGGUCCGACAAUGAGGACGUUCAAGAGCAGCUCAACGCAGAGAUUUUCCAGCAGGUCAACCAGAUACAGAAUGGUGUGGGCCAGGGGAUGUUUUCUUCUCCAGACGGGGUCCACUCGAGGGCUGAAGGCCUGCUUUCCAGCAGAACAGAGAGUGUCCAUCCACAGACGGAGGGCUCUUUGUCCAGCCAGCAGCAGCAGCAGCAAGCCAUGGAGACCUCUGCAGCUGCCGCCGCCGCCAUGGUUAUGGAGAUCCAGCAAGGCCUGUGCCAGGCAGCCAGCCAGAUGCAGGCUGACCUCUUUGCCUCAUCUUCGUCAGGCAGCGGAAACAUCCAGCCGUCCCCCGUGUACCAGCAGGCUUCCCACAUGAUGGGCAGCCUCUCGGCGAGUGAAGACAUGCAGAUGCAGUGUGAGAUGUUCUCUCCCUCCAACGUUUCUGGCAGUGAAGGGGCAACGCCAAACCAACAGCAGCAGCAACAGCAACAACAGCAGCAGCAAGUAACUGCUAAUGGCUCUGCCCUUUUCCAGCCCCCUGGCUCUGCUGAAAGUGGAGAGGCCUCAAAUCAGACCAAGCAGAUGCGGAGUGACGUCUUUCAGGCCAUGGUACAGAUGCAGCACAGUGGGGAGGGCCAGGCUCCGCAGGUCAGCCUCUUCUCUACCUCGGAGAACAUGAUGCAGGGCGGUGGAGUGCCACAGCCGACCCAACAGCAGCCUCCACAGGCACCACAGAGCAGGGGCCUCUUCCAGCCGAGCGGGGAGAUGAUGUCCCUCCAGCCAAGCCCCUUCUUGCAGCAGACGUCCCACUCGCAGGCUCCACUCUUCCACUCCCAGAGCCCCCUCGGGGAUGGCCAGAGCAUCACCCAGGAGAAUCCGAGCUCCCUCUUCAGCAGCCAGAGCACUGCUGCCUCCUCCUCUGCCUCCUCGGAGCAGAUGUCAAGCGCCAUGUUCCACUCUCAGGCCUCCAUGGCGGUGGUCCAGGAGCAGCAGCAGCAACAGCCUGGCGGCAUGUUUCUUUCCCCGAACCCCAUGGGUGGCUCCGUUACACAGGAGGAGCCCAUGCAGUUCUUCACAAGCCAGAACUCUCUCUCAGCCAGCCCUGAACAGCCGCCAUCAUCAUUCCAGCAACAGCAGCAGCAACAACAGCUUUCCCACUUGCAGGGCUCCCAGCCCCCCCAGCAAGGCAUGUUCCAGUCUCAGCUGCCUCUGGGAGCCCUCCCUCCCUCUGCAGUGCCCUCAAACCAACAGGAAGCCCUGUUCCAGUCCUCGCACUCGAUGGUGGCCCUUCAGAACAGCUCCUCUACGCCAGAGCAGACACAGCAGCCAACCCUGCACUACAGCAGCCAGGGGACUCUGGGCCCCAUGACUUCAUUGGCUAGCCAGGAGCAGCCCCCGCCGCCACAGGGCCAGCCCCUCUUCCACUCACAGAGCACCAUGGCGGCCAUGAACCAGGAGCCACAGCAGCCCAUGCAGUUCCAGAGCCCCAGCCCCAGUGGAUCCCAAGCCGAGGCCUCCCCACAGCAGCCACCACCGCCUCCCACCUUGUUCCACAACUCUCCACAGCUGCAGAUGGUGCAGGGUUCCCCGGGCUCACAGGAGCAGCCGCUCACCCUCUUCAUCUCCUCCUCCUCCAUGUCGGCUUUGCAGAACAGCAUCAGCCAGCAAGAAAUGCAGCAGGCCUCACUCUAUUCCGGCCUCCAGAGCACCUCUUCACCCCCACAAGAGCAGCGCCAGCAGCACCAACAACAGCAGCAGCACCAACAACAGCAGCAGCAACAGGCCGCCUUGUUCCAUAAUGGAGGCGGUGCCAUUGGCCAACUGCAGAACUCCUCUGCUUCAUCUCAGCAGACCUCCGGGAUAUUCCUCUUUGGCAUCCAAGACAACUGUGGGCAGCUCCUCUCCUCUGGGUCGGGUGCCAUGUCAGAGCAGAUGAUCACAGAGGUGCAGCCUUCAGUCACGACGCUCCUGUCCCAGCAGAUGUCGGAGGGCUCCCAGUUGUCUCCUUCCCUGACCUCCAACCAGAAUAUGAAGAAGAUUGACGACCUGCUGGUGUCCUUGCAAAACCAGGGGAACAAUAACAUGGCCGGCUCCUUUUAACUGGCCAGAAAUCCUGUUAUGGACAGGCAGAUUUGAAGACUCCUUAAGCUCCCGUAACUCUGGAAUUUAGGCUGUUUGGACUCCAACUUCCUCUUUCAAAGGAUGGCCUGGAUCCAAGGGAAAGCUUCAUCCUUGCUGCAGAGAAGCAUCCCUUUGGAGCCUGGGUAGUGGCUGUUGGUCAAAAGAAAAGGGUGCCGGGGGAGUGGCGGAAGAGCAAUGGAGCCUUGUGUUGCUCCCCUCUCUGUCCCCUAAGUCCUCUUUCCAGUGAGGGAAGAGGUGAAGAUGGGUCGCAACUCUUCACCCUCCGCAACUCAUCUCUGGAUGCUGCAAAACAUCAUGACAUAAUAUCCAGGUUCUGAAAUCGUUUGGUUACAAAUGCGUGCUAGUCCCGUGAUUUGCAGCUGAAUAUUUAUGUGAUUUUUCUAUUGCAAACGGUUUCUUGAGGCAAUGUGAAUUAACACAAGUGUUCAGCCUGUCGUUGUGAAUUUCACCCGCUGUUCAGCGGAAGCUCCUGCUGAUUGAAUAGAAUGGGGAAAGCUGUGAAAUAACACUGGGAGGGGGAGGGGUCAGUGAAUGCCAUAUGGAACUUGAGAGCUUCCCUUGGCUUUGGGGUAUUGCCUUAACGGUUGAGGGGGGUGGGUGAAUCCACAAAUGUGACUUCAGCUUCUGGAAAGGUUUGGGAGUUAAAAUGGCAUAGUUUUUCAGAGGAGAGGGGCUUUCCUGUACUCUUGAAGGGAGGAUGUUUCCUCAGCACAGGAACUGAUCCCCUCCUUAGCUCCCAUUCCACUCCCUUGUCUCUUCUUAUAAAUAAGCUUUCUAGGAGGCCAGAGGGUCCUAUGGCCGGCGGGAGUCCAAGGCCCAUUAAAGUUGGGACCCAAACACCCCACAUUUGAGAGAGGGAGCCUGCAAAACUGGCAGGUCCAGAGUCCAUGAAGUGGCUGGGGACACACACGUGCCCUUUGCUGGUCACUGGCAGGAUGAAAUGGGAGGCGUCUGUAAAGCCAAACUGGUUUCCGCUUCCCACCCAGCCUCCUUGGAAGUCCAGGUGAGGCCUCCCACCCUCCAUGGGGCUGGCUCCACCCCCAUUCGACUCCAGCCCCCUCUUUUCAGGUGCUCUCCAGGGGGUGUUGCCCCCCUUCCGCCUCCCUCUCCUACCCAUCCAGCACUACUGCUGUUGUCAGUCUCACAACGGCUUCCUGCGUAGCUCCUUUUGGCCUUGGGGAUCGUGUUCGUUUUUCAGUCGGUGUCCGUUUCCGUUACUCUUGUGCAGCGGUUCUCUGGGUUUCCCUCUCCUUGUGUGUGUCCUUUGAGCUCCGUAGAGUCAUUUUUGGGUUCUUUUGGGAGGGUGGCUUUUGGUUCUCGUCCUGUUUAAUGUAAGUCUGACGUUUGCAGUCAGUAAUUUGUCCCGUCUGUCUGUCUGUCUGUCGAUCGAGUAACGUUUUCAGUAGUACAGGCUCUUUUGCCGAUAUGAAGGGAACUUUUUUCAGAAAGAGACCUGCUCUUGGGUCGUUUAAUUUUGAAUACUGUUUUCAAUCGUUCAAGUUUUGGAUGGUUUAUAUCUAAUCGUGUGUUUCAUUUUUUUGGAAAGCUCUAUUUUGUAUUUUAGGAAAACAAUAAACUAUUUUGCUACUUGUACUGAGUUGAGUACAUGGGCAUAAAUAUAAACUAUAUAAAUAUAUAUAUAUAUAUAUAUAUGCAUAUAUAUUCACACACAUAUAUUCUCUCUGCCACAGAUUUUUGUGGCGAAUGUGUGAGAUUUACCGUCUGUCCUCCCACAAAAUGGCGUCUAGUGAUUGAGGGCAAAGUGGGGGUCUUGUUUGUCGAGUCUUUGCGCCGUAUUUUUCAGUCCUUUUUGCAGCUGACUGAGUGGUAUCCAUCUCCGGCCCUUCUGUCAGGCAGCGUCCAUUUGGACCGCAGGCCAUGAGGGCAGCUUCCCUGCCAAAGGGGCAUCGCGACCUGGCGAAGAAACCCUCUGGCUCAGUCUUUUACUCACUGUUUGUUUUUAUUCUGUUUAUUUUGCUGGCUUUUUAAUUUAUAAUAACACUACAAAUCCAGAACAGGAGCAGGCAUCAUUUCUCUGUCCCAUAAUGUCUGCAUUGCUCCAGUAUUUUUUUUAACUUGACAAGGCAAUGUUGAAGGCGAGAAGCAGCCGAUACACAAAGGUCGCUUAUGGGCAAGGAAUGGGUCAAGGGAGGAGAGAUACAUCAGUGGCUUCCACGUUUGCUCAUGAGUAAAAAAGGAAGCCUUCCCACCCUGAAUUGUUUCCCCAACUAUUUCAGGGCCGUUUUCCGGGGGACAAGGAGAAGCCAAGGCCCAGGGACCAAUCCAUCCUUGGCUGAACCAGGCCUUGUGUCCAGAUCCAGCCAGCCGCCCCUUCUCCCCCAGUGAUCCAUUUCUUGUGCCCAUCGCGAAGGUUCCUGCUGCUGCAAAAUGGGGGAACAUUCGUGCUUCUUGGCCUAGUUUUUAAUUCCUUAACUUUUUUUCUCAUGUUGGUCCAUUUUAGGUCAAUAUUUAAAUGUGCAACCUUUUGAAUUGUGUAAUUUGGUUACAAAAAGAGUGUGUCUUUGGAACCGAGGUGCUGCUCGGUGGCUGCGGGAAAUGGAUGCUGUGUCUUUCCAAUUGGCAGAUUCUGCUGAAGGCGUGGAGGCAGAGGGGAGGGCAGGGGACUGCCAAGGCAGGGAGGCACAAAGGCACUUCUGCCCCAUCUCCAGGCCCUUUAUGGCAGAUGGGAGCCACGAGCCCUGGCCUGGCAAGCCCUCUCGCCUUUGGAGAGCUCAACCAUGGAGGAGGACGUUCUGUAGAAGGGUAGAAGCCACCAGGGCAGCAGCAGGCGCUUCUGAGGGAACCAUUAGGGUCAAGAGCACUUUCCGCUGAGAGAUGCUUCCUGACUUCCAUCCGUUUCCCCUCCAGGAUCAUUGGCCAUGUGCCUUCUUCCUGAAUCCGCCCUGGCCACAGGGGAGCCCUUGGGCUAUCUAUUCCAGCAUCCCUUGAGGGCCCAAGACGUUCCCCUCCAUGCCAAGAGAAGUCUUCUGUGCUGCCUUUCUAUUUACGAAGUUUCACCACAUAAAGCUAAUAACUUAGAAAAGGCACUGGCUGAACUGAAAGGUUACCAACAGUCUUGGCCCCAAGGAGAAGGCUUUCCAUUAUUUAAAAAAUGGGCCAACCCUGUUCAAAAAUAGAGGGGAAGGACCAAAAGGGCAAGGCUUUUCCAGAGGAAAGGACUCUGUCUGGCCCACAAACCUCAGCUUACAUCUCUGGGUCCUUGCUUCAGGACUGGUCAGGUUUGUCCCAUCACCUGGUCUCAGUUCACUACUUUAGAUUGGGUCCAAAACAUCCUGGCAACAGGGCUGCCAUUAGGGAAUUGAUAUUAUGUGCCCCGGCUGCCUAAUCCCCUGUGAGCCACUGGCCACAGAAGCUGGCCCAUUUGCCAGUGCUUGGUGUUUCCUCUUGGAAACACCCCAUUCCUUCUGGGGCCCUUGAGGCCAAGCUCUGUCUUUGGCGGGCCUCCAAGAGUUCCUCUGUCUGCCUUUCUGCCACAUUUGGCUGCUAGAGCAUCCGGACCAGCCUCCGGGCAGCCGCCUCCUCGUUCCACGACCCUUCAAUGUGAAUGUAGCCCCCGAGGGCCCCGUUGUGCGUGUUGUGCGUCCCUGGCUUGUGUCGGUGGGCUUCUCCAGAGCACUGAUCCUCCAUGUUCAGUCUGUUCUAAGGGGAGGGGGAGGGGGGGAGGGGACCUCAUUUGCAUUUGUUUUUAGCUAUUCUGUGAUAACUUGUUGAAUAUUAAAUAAAAACAGAGAUAUUUUGCUUCUAUGGGGACAUUUGUAUACUUGGCAACUAUAUUUCUGUACACAGCUGCAGUCGAGAAUAAAACUUUGAAAGUUUUCA